UGAUUUCAGCAAAAAAGUGUGGUUACUGGACAACCCCUAAGAAUUGCUAUCAUUGGUCAAAGCGCCUUCGCAGUAGAUGUAAUGCAGAAGCUUGUUCAACAUGGACACACCAUAGCAGGAGUGUUUACAGUUUUGGAUAAGGGAUCGAGAGAAGAUCCUUUGGCAAAGGCAGCUAAAGCAAGUGACAUCCCAGUCUUCAAGUUCAAGGCAUGGAGAAGAGCUGGAAAACCUUUACCAGAAGUUCUAGAACAGUACCAUAGUGUGAGAGCAGAUCUGAAUGUGCUGCCCUACUGCUCACAGUUUAUACCGAUGGAAGUCAUCAAUUAUCCCAGCAUGAAAAGUAUCUGCUACCACCCGUCUCUAUUACCCCGACAUAGAGGAGCCAGUUCAAUCAACUGGACUUUGAUAUGUGGAGAUCAGAAAGCUGGUCUGACUAUCUUCUGGGCUGACGAUGGUCUAGAUACUGGUCCGAUACUUCUGCAAGAAGAAUGCGAUGUCGAUGAAAAUGAUACAGUAGAUACUCUAUACAACCGAUUUCUGUACCCUGUGGGAGUUUCGGCAGUGGCCAGAGCUGUCGAUAUGGUAGCAAAUGGCACAGCUCCAAAAAUCGUACAAAGCGAAAAAGGUGCCACCUAUGAUCCAAUGCUGAAUAAGCCUGAGUUGCAAAAGAUUGACUGGACCAAAUCGGCGAAAAAUAUACACGAUUUCAUCCGUGGAAUGGAUUCCGUUCCUGGGGCCAGUUGCUUGAUGAAGCUUCCUGGAAACGAUGAAUUCCAGGAGACACUGCUUUUUGGAUCGACACUUUGGCAUUCUGCAUUGCCUAUUGGAAAGGAAAUUGAGAUUCAGGGUACUAGGAGUGGAAUAAUUCAUCAAGAAGGUCUUUUGCUAACAGGGUCUGAUGGAAAUUAUGUUAACAUCAAGAGGGUGAAGGUGAAUGGUCGUAUGAAAAACGCUGCUACAUUGGAUCUGGUCACAAAACAAGUUGAUAUAGAAUACACAUCAGAAGAAAUUAAAUCGAUUGAUGCUGUCCGAAGCAUUUGGGAAGCAAUUUUGAGCAUCGAAAUCCAAGAUGAUACUGAUUUUUUCGCCAGUGGUGCAGGUUCUAUGGAUGUCGUGAGAUUGGUGGAGGAAGUUAAAGAUCUAUUCAAAACGGAAUUAGAAAAUGAAGAUGUCUUUAUGGCACCCACAUUUGCAGAGUUCUGUUUGAAUGUCGUUCAAAAAAGUCGUGGUGGCAAAGGAGAUAUUCAAAUCGAAUACAGACCGAUAGAAAUGGAAACGAACAACAUGAAAAUAAAAUUCCCAUGCCAGCUGUUCAUCAAUGGCGAAUUCGUAGAUGCUGAGAAUGGUAAAACUACACCUAGUAUCAAUCCAGCCACAGAGGAGCUCAUCUGUGAUGUACAAUGUGCCUCUAAAAAUGAUGUAGAUAAAGCUGUCGCUGCUGCCAAAGCAGCAUUUGAAAUUGGAGAAUGGAGCAAGAUCAGUGCCAGAGAAAGGGGUCAACUUUUAUAUAGGCUUGCGGAUUUGAUGCAACAACACAAAGAAGAAUUAGCCACCAUCGAAUCGAUAGACUCGGGAGCCGUUUAUACAUUAGCAUUGAAAACACAUGUUGGGAUGAGCAUAGAAACUUGGAGGUACUUUGCAGGAUGGACAGAUAAAAUUCAAGGCUCAACGAUUCCAGUUUCACAUGCUAGACCAAACAGGAAUCUAUCUUUCACGAGAAAGGAACCUAUUGGCGUCUGUGGCUUGGUUACUCCUUGGAACUACCCUUUGAUGAUGCUAUCAUGGAAGAUGGCAGCUUGUCUGGCUGCUGGAAAUACAGUCGUCAUUAAACCUGCUCAAGUUUGUCCUCUCACGGCCUUGAAGUUUGCUGAACUCUCUGUCAAAGCAGGGUUUCCACCUGGUGUUAUAAAUGUUGUUACUGGAACAGGAUCCGUAGCAGGUCAGGCUAUUGCAUCACAUCCACACAUUAGAAAACUAGGUUUCACUGGUAGCACUGAAAUAGGGCAAGUCAUCAUGAAGAGUUGCGCUGACUCAAAUUUGAAGAAGGUAUCCCUCGAACUAGGUGGAAAAUCGCCCUUAGUGAUAUUCUCAGAUUGUGAUCUUGAUAAAGCUGUGAGAUUGGGAAUGCAAAGUGUGUUCUUCAAUAAAGGUGAAAACUGUAUAGCAGCUGGACGUAUUUUCGUAGAAGAAAGUGUACAUGAUGAAUUCAUCAGGAGGGUCGUACAAGAAACGAAAAAGAUACAAAUUGGAGACCCUCUGAACAAAUCAACUUCACACGGGCCACAAAAUCACUAUGCUCAUCUGAAAAAACUUGUUGAAUAUGCUGAAAUAGGAGUCAAAGAAGGCGCCAAAUUGGAAUGUGGAGGCAAACGAGUGAAUAGACCUGGAUUCUUCUUUGAACCGACAGUUUUGUCUAAUGUUGAGGAUCACAUGUUCGUUGCAAAAGAGGAAUCAUUCGGUCCAAUAAUGAUUGUCAGUAAAUUUUCAAAUGGCGAUAUCGAUGGAGUAUUGAGAAGAGCCAAUGCAACAGAAUAUGGUUUAGCGUCUGGAGUGUUCACGAAAGAUAUAUCUAAAGCUCUCAGGUUCGCUGAGAGGAUAGAAGCUGGUACGGUUUUCGUCAAUACGUAUAAUAAAACAGAUGUAGCUGCACCAUUUGGAGGGUUUAAGCAGUCAGGAUUCGGGAAAGAUCUAGGUCAAGAUGCUCUGAAUGAAUAUCUUAAAACUAAAUGUGUUACUAUCGAAUAUUGAAAAUACCGUGAAAAUGAAAAAAAGAUAGAGAACGUGAUAUGUUUAACUGUUUAUAUUUUAAUGUUAUAGCAUAAUAAAUUAUAUUUUUACU